AUGCCAUGGGUUCCACAUUCCUCGCCGGAGAUCACAAGUGAAGCCCAAUGGCGCUCUGUAGUGGCUACGAUUCUCGCGUUCACGGGCGUCGCGCUAUUGGCGGUUGGCUUGAGAUUUUGGGUGAGGAGGAAAGGGCUGAUGAUUGAGGACUGGGUGACUUUGGGGACGAUGAUCCUGAGUCUUGGCUUUGUGACAACAUCUAUUAUCCGUGAGUCUCAUCGGCUUGGUCUGGAGCAGCACACAACGAACUCGGAGCACCAAAAACCAUAUCUCGUCGCCAACUAUGUCGCUUGGCCACUCUACCUCUGGGGUCUGGCAGGAUUCAAGCUGGCCCUUUGCAUCGGCUAUCUUCGCCUCGUGAAGGGCAGUCUGGGCUCCUGGCACCGGAUCUUCAUCGUUGGCGUUGCGACGCUGUCCUCGCUCAUUCACACCAUCUUCGUCAUCAUAUAUCUUUUCCCGUGCAGACCGCUUUCCCGCAUUUUCGACGCCAGCGUUGAAGGCUCCUGUCUACCGUAUGCCGCGAUUAACUAUACUGUUAGCGCCACGGUCAUAUCCCUCGAUAUCAUCAUAUUUCUUCUUCCAGUGCCUCUCAUACAGCGCUUGAAACUGGACCGGACUGUCAAAAUCGGACUCACGGUUACCUUUUCCCUUGGCCUGCUAACGACCGUUCUGACAAUCAUGCGUGCUACGCAAAUCAAUCGCAUAGUGUAUGGCGAUGGGAACACUACCCACUUCGUUGUACGAGGGACCUUGGAACUCAACAUUGGUGUACGUCGAUAUUUUGUCCGCUCGAAGCGAUGCUCAGCCUUGAUGUGA